AUGCUCAUACUUAACUAUUUACUUACCGAUAUAUUUGCCAACCAGUUAUUCAAACCGUUGCUUUCAUCACAUCCUGUCCCAUCCCAUCACAUCACAUCCCAUCGUAUCGUAUCGUAUCGUAAUCGUAUCGUAUCGUAUCGUAUCGUAUCCCAUCCCAUCACAUCCCAUCGUAUCGUAUCGUAUCGUAUCCCAUCCCAUCACAUCACAUCACAUCACAUCGUAUCUUAUUCAAACCAUUGCUCCCAUCACAUCCUGUCCCAUCCCAUCACAUCCCUUCGUAUCGUAUCGUAUCGUAUCGUAAUCAUAGUCGUAUCGUAUCGUAUCCCAUCCCAUCACAUCACAUCACAUCGUAAUCGUAAUCGUAAUCGUAAAGACUUGCUGUUCGGAUAG